CUUCAAAGCACACCACAUGUUGUCUUUCCUUUUUUUCAGUUUUUUCUGCUCCCUCAGUUUAGGGUUUAAGAGGUGUAAGUUGUAAAUAAACAGGAAGGCGAAAAAGAUUAUUAAAAAUAAUAAUACGAAAGAGGAAGAAUUUUCGAAACCACUGAAUCAGAACUCAGAAGCAGAGGGCUUGAUUUCAGGUUCUUAUUUAUUUUGCUUCCUCUAUUUCAAAUUUGUUUCAAGAAUAGAAAUUACUCCGUUUGGUUUCCGAGAAAACGGAGCAAAACUAGGGAGGAUCGAAGAUUGGAACUGAACCAAAUCAAAGUUAGGUGGCUAACAAUGUUACCAAGAUGGAGCCGAGCUGCUAUUCGUCUCUACAAGCUUGGGUCACAGAACAACAUGGAGCUCAGGAAAGAUUUCUGUUUUGUUGCUAGCCGAAGCUAUGCAAAGGUUGCCGCGGCUGCUGAUGAUUCCACAGAAAAAAAUUUCUCCAGAAAACCCGAGGUAUAUUUUAACAAAAUGUUCUGGUCAAAGCCUUGUUCUUUGGCUUUGGCCCAAGAUUCCCCUUUAAGAGUUGAAGAGCCAAAGUAUGAGGGUAUCCGACAUAUUAUAUUUAAAAUGCUGCUGUUUUAUAGUAAACAAAGCAAGUCUAUUCGAGGGGCAAACGUGGUAUACCGGCGAAUUGCUUCACAAGUUGAUAAACCUGCCAUAUAUAAUGCAUUUAACUUGGAGAAAACCUUUAAAACAACAUUUUCUCUGCUUAUACUUCAUAUGUGGCUUUGCUUACGCCGCUUGAAAGAAGAUGGAAAGGAAGGUGUUGAAUUUGGGCAAUACUUGUACGAGAUUUAUAAUCAUGAUGUAGAGCUGAGGGUGUCAAAGGCUGGGGUUAACUUACUAUUGACUAGAUGGAUGAAGGACUUGGAAAAGAUUUUCUAUGGAAAUAUUGUCGCUUAUGAUGCUGCAAUGCUCCCGGAAGCUAGACCUGAUGAGCUGCCUAAUGUGAUAUGGAAGAAUAUCUUUUCUGAUGAUGGUUUAUCAAAGCCAAAUGAUGCUGCCGCAGGUGCAGUCCAGGCUAUGGCAAGGUAUGCUCGUCGGGAAUGUAGUUGCCUAUCCUUAACAGACAAGGAGUCCAUCUUCUCCGGGAACUUCACGUUCUCUUCAUUAGAGAACCCAAAAUCUGAUUCAGUGAGAGGAUAAAACUGAACAGGCCUAGGUGAGCCAUUAUCAACAUUUGAGUUUUGAUGGUGCUAAAUGCGCCACAAUAUUUCUGGGAAAAUAUUCAUAACUCCAUAUCUUAUAGGGCAACUCGUAAGGCCAUUGCAUCAUGGGAGAAGGAACUGCUCUAUUAUAUUGCUUUUUUUUUUUUUCCUCCUUUAAAUUUUUCCCCAAUAAAAGUAGCAAUUGUACGGUUCUGAUGGAUUCAAAACAGAUUGAUUACUGGUUUUGUUAUAGUGAAGAGAUUUUGAUGUUAUUUAAACCAGUGACUGGUUUUUGGAUA